AUGGUGAAAAUUCUCUCAUCUAUUUAUCCAUUUGCAGUGUUACUCUUCUUCGAAAUCCUGGAAAACGGGAACACCACUUCAGGUUUCAUUCUCCUAGGACUCUUUAACCACACAGAAGCCCACCCAUUUCUCUUUGUGAUGGUUCUGACAAUUGCCUUUACCUCCCUGCUGGGCAAUGCCCUCAUGCUUCUCCUGAUUCACCAGGAGCCCCACCUCCGCACAGCCAUGUACUUCCUGUUGAGCCAACUCUCCCUCAUGGACAUGAUGCUGGUUUCCACCAUUGUGCCCAAAAUGGCAGCUGACUACUUGACUGGCAAGAAGUCCAUCUCCCCUGCUGGGUGUGGGUUGCAGAUUUUCUUCUUGCUUACUUUGGGAGGGGGUGAGUGCUUCUUGUUAGCAGCCAUGUCCUAUGACCGCUACGUGGCUGUUUGCCAUCCACUGCAAUACCCUGUCCUCAUGAGCCCGCAGUUAUGCCUGAGAAUGACUUUGGGGUCUUGGUUCCUGGGGGCAGCGGAUGGGCUCAUGCAGGCUGCCACUACCCUGAGCUUCCCAUUUUGCAGUGCACAUGAGAUCGAUCAUUUCUUCUGCGAGGCCCCCACUGUAGUGCGUUUGGCUUGUGCUGACAUAUCUGUCUUUGAGUAUGUCAUGUACAUCUGCUGUGUGUUAAUGCUCCUGGUCCCCUUAUCUCUCAUCCUGACCUCCUACAGUCUCAUCCUCACAGCUGUUCUCCAGAAGCGUUCCAGAGAAGCCUGCAAGAAGGCUUUUGCCACCUGCUCCUCACAUUUGGCUGUGGUGGGACUCUUUUAUGGAGCUGCCAUUUUCACCUACAUGAGACCCAAAUCCUACAGGUCAGCUAACCACGAUAAGGUCGUGUCAGCAUUCUACACUAUCUUCACCCCUGUGCUGAACCCCCUCAUCUACAGUCUGAGGAACAGGGAGGUCAAGGGGGCCCUGAGAAAGUGUAUGGGCCAGUGGGCUGCCUUAAGUCAUAACUAA